CUUUUUUUUGAUGGAAGAGAACUAAAAGCGGAAAUGGCGAGUCCCACUGUUUGUUUUAUUGUUCUUCUGUUUGUCGCCGAGUCGACGACAAAGCAGCUAAACACGGAAAAUAUCCUGAUUAACGUAACAGCGGGGUCACUGACAGACGCCGAGCUGCUGCAGUCCAACAGCUUACAGAUAAAUUUAAACAUAUCAGUGGGAGAAGAGCAGGUCCUGGUCAAUGAGAUCCCGGUGGAGCUUUCAGGUGUCACUAGGUUCAGCUGCCAGGCUCUUCUCUUGGACAGCAGUAAUGGGACCAGUGAGUUUGACUCGGGGGACCUGGUAUCGGCCGUUACCCGGGUGAUGGUGAGCCAGAACCGGCUGUACAGCGACUCAGACGAGGUGGUGGCUCUGCAGGUGUUCAGUGAAGUCAUCGAGUUGGAUGGAAAAGAGGUCCACCAACCUGACAUGUGUGAGGUGAAAAUCCUGCUGAGCCCAGAGUUCCAGAAGCUGGCCCAGUUCACCAACGUCUACCCCAUCGGACACAGCGAGAUCUUCAGGAUCCCCAGAGAGAACGACGUGGUCGUCACGGAUCCUCCCAACUUCAGAAGAGACGAGGAGCAGCUGGUGUCCCAGACCACCAGCCAGUACCCCCACACAGAGCGACACUCUGACACCACGCAGGAGGAGGUGGCGGCUCCAGGGAAGCUUCCGGAAACGCCGCUGCGGAUGGAUCCCGACCUGCUGUCCGACGUCACCUACGGGGACGAGUUUGACGACCUGGAACCGAGCCCGUCGGGUCAGAAAGAGAUGGGCAGCCCGCCCAAGGAAGUGACAUCAUCGUAUUCGGUUAUGUGUGAGUGGGUGGAGGAGGCCAGGGAGCGCCUGCGCCGUUUCUGCUAUGAGUCGCUGCCCCUCUUCUUCCUGGUCAUGUGGGUGGUUGUGAUCGGUGUAGCCGGAUCGGCGUUCAUCGUCAAGAUCCUGGACUUGUUCUUCCCAGCCUGCGAACACAAGCACAUUUUCCAGAUCAACCCGGCCACUCUGAUGCCAGAGGAGGAGAAGGUCAACCUGCUGGAGAGCGUGGAGGUGGAGGCGGAGAUGGAGGCGCCUGAGGAAGAGAAGCAGCCCUGAAGCAGAACGGCUCGGCCCAGCUCCAUAAAGCUCCUUUUGGCUCUGAUUUCCUGUUUGGUCCUGUUCCCUGCUUCCAUUCAGACCCGUGAUCCACUCUUAUGGUUUCACUUCAGUUUACUGUUCUGACACCUGACGAAAGCGCCGGUCCCCCAGUUCAACCACCAAGCCCACCACGGCAGCAGCGAGGGGUGGGGCACACAUUUCAUCUAGCUUUCCAAACAUGGAGGAGGAAUUAAUGUUCACUCAGAAUAUCGUUUCAAAUAUUUCACUGCUUUAAAGGAAGCGCAUAUGCUUCCUUAUGCAAAAGCUAGAUGUCUGUUUGUUUUGUCUUUUAAUGACAAACCUCGAGAAUAAAGUAGUUUCUGUUUUAAAAAAAUAAAGUUAGUUCAAGACGGUUUCCCUCUUCCCAUGUUGAUCAGGUUAGCAGUAAGCAUAUUUGUUCUAUAAGAAUGGCAAACAGAUCCUUUAAAGCCAGAGAUAAACCAGGAAAAUUUAAAGCACAAAUAAAAAAAAAGACAACAGCAAUUAUAUGAUACCAAAAAUCUUUUUCUUUUUAAGCAAAUAGCUGAUGUGCAGCACUGUACCAACAGAAAAGAAGAGAGAUGUUCCUAUCAGGCUUUUCCUGAUUCACCAAUUUUUGGUCUGACCUGCUGGUUCAUUUGAUUUUUUCUAAAUAUUGUGACAAAAACAAGGGAGGGAAAAAAGGGUGUUGGAGUUUUUUUCAUAGUGACUUAGUUAUGCAUGUAUGCAAAACAUAAAGAAAUCAAAAAUAUUUGUCUCAAAUUUUUAUUGAGCUGAAAAAGAUUCAUGUGUAGACUGAAAGUUCUGAUGCACUUAAAAAAUAAAAUCCUAAUCAACUGGAAACUGAUUGGUGCAUCAGUAGAGGAGUUUUUAUUUCCCAGCAGGCUGCUCUUCUGUCGCCCUUUAACUGAAACAAGGCAGCGCGUGGCGGCAAACCUAUGCAGAUCAUUUCCUCGGCAUGUUUCAUGUCACAAUUUAGAAACAUUUGAACUGAAUGUCGUUACAAAAGGAAGCCUGCUGCACAUCAGUGAGUUUCUGUCGAUUGUUCUUCAGUGCCUCUGUGGAGGGGAAGGCGGGGUUAAGUACAGGGAGGGGGCGGGGCCUGUGUGGCACUACAAGCACUACUUAGUGCUGCUUCUGUUGAAUGUAAAUGAAGUAGCUCAUAAUGCUCCUGCACGGUGGACACAAACAGAGCUACUGUUUCCCAAACAGAUGGAAACCUGUGGAAAUGCUGACUCUGCACUUAGUUUUUUCUUUUCUUUUUUGUAUUUGCCUGUAAAAACUGGACAGAUGUGUCUGAUCUCAUCACAUUCUGUAAUCUAGUGCCUCAGAUCAUCCAUUUCUUCUCGUCACCCGUUCGAUCCGGCCGUUGUAAACAUCAACACUCUUGUCGAUUCUCGUCCCACUUUUUAGAAGAAACUCGGGUUUUUCCUCCUCGGAUCAGCUGAGAUCAAGACUCUGGACUGGAGUCAAACAGCAGAGCGCAUGAUGUCCGUUUAUUUAAUAAAAAAACAUGCAUGUGUGGCAUUUCAUCAGUCCGUUCUAAACUGCAUGAUGACUCGACGCCACUGGAAGCAGCUCCAGCCCCACGCAGACUGUAGAUCAGCUCUUAUGGCAGGCAGCGAGUUUUAGAGAUGUUGAUGAAAAAUGAAACAUAUUUGAGACGGCUUUGUUGAAUCUGUAUGAAUCCAUGUGUUACAUGUUUCCACUGUAACUGGAUUGUGUUUUGAGGUUGGAACGUUAGCUUAAUAAAUGCUUUCCUUACAAACCAA